CCUCAGCCAUGGCGCCCAUAACGCCUUUUAACGCGUCGGAAAUCACUGAAAAGGCCCGUCGCGAUCUACUACAACUCCUGGAAGGUAUAAGAGGGAAGAAGAAUCUGGUACUUCAGAAAUCCCUUGCCGGCCCACUGAACUUGCUGGUUAAAUUCUCGACGCUGCAAGAAUAUGGUGUCGAUAAACCUUUUUUCUUGGAGAAUGAUAAUGUCGACUCCUCACAGCGAAAUAUUGUCUUUCUUGUGAGGGGAGAGAAGGCAACGACUGUUUCGGCUGUUGCUGACCAAAUUAAACGUGUUCGACGGGAUAGCCAGAUCGAACAUGAAUUUUCUAUCUUCUGGGUCCCUCGCCGCACCACCGUCUCGGAUCAAAUUCUUGAGGAAGCUGGCGUGCUUGGUGAUGCCAGCGUGAGUGAAUGGCCGCUUUUUUUCGUGCCACUCGCAGACGAUGUGAUGUCUUUGGAACUUGGAGACGCAGUAGAGGAUCUAUAUCUGCGAAAAGACCCCACAUCUGUCUACAUUGCGGCCAAAGCUCUCAUGCUUCAGCAGCAAAAAUACGGACUGUUUCCUAGGAUCAUCGGGAAGGGCGAUCACGGCAAACGUCUUGCCGAUCUUCUUAUUCGCAUGCGUACUGAGGUAGCUGCAGGGGAGGUUCCCAACAGCGCUGGGCCCUCAUUUCUGGGGUUAACGCCCAGCUCGAUGAUCGAUAGCUUAAUCAUCAUCGACCGAGACGUCGACUUCCCUACCGCACUUCUCACUCAAUUAACAUAUGAAGGGCUUAUAGACGAGGUUUUCGACAUUACGGCAAACCAAACCGAAGUCGACUCUUCCAUUGUCGGUGCUGCUGCACAGCCUGGACAAACAGGCUCAGCUUCCACAAGCAUGAAGCGCAAGAUUAUGAUCGAUCGAAAAGACGAAUUGUACUCCACACUCGGAGACGUGAACUUUGCAAUAGUUGGGAACAUGCUUAACAAAGCCGCGAGACGACUUCAGAGCAGCACUGAACGCAACCAACUGGCGGCGAAGACCACAUCCGAACUUCGAGACUUCGUGGCCAAGCUACCAGGUUACCAAGCCGAGCAAGCCAGCUUGAAGCUCCACACAGCACUCGCUGAGGAAAUCAUCAAAUUUACACAUAGCGACAUAUUCACGCGGUCCCUUGAAGUUCAGCAAAACAUCAUGUGUGGGUCCGAUCCAACGACUCAACACGACACAAUUACUGAACUUAUCAACCGUGACGUCCCUCUCCCCACAAUCCUCCGCCUGCUCUGCCUAGAAAGCACCACCAACGCCGGUAUGCGCCCUAAAGACCUCGAGGCUUUCAAACGCGCUAUCAUCCAGGCCUACGGGCCCCAGCACCUUCUAACCCUCUCCUCGCUCGAGAAAAUGAAUCUCCUCCAUCCCCGUGGUGGCUCGGGACUAGGUGUCACAACUCCCGCCGCAAAGCCAGGCUCCGUCACAAAUUACACGCCGCUGCGUAAGUCGCUGCGCCUGUGGGAUGACGACGUCAACGAGGUCGCGCCUAACGACAUCUCGUACGCCUUCUCGGGAUACGCCCCGCUCUCUGUCCGCCUCAUUCAAUCCAUCAUCCAGAAACAAACUCUUGCCAAUGUUGUCAAACCUCCCUCUGACCCUCGUGCCGCCGCUCAGGCGAACCCUCUUGCGCAAGGCCUGCGUAUCUUCGACGACGCAACAAAGUACGUCCGCGGCGCGACCUUCGAUAUGAGGCAAAGUGGCGAAGAGAAGGCUGUCAAGGCGAGAAGCAUGUUGAAUGGUAGCCAUAACGACGCUUCAAAGACUAUUGUUGUGUUCUUUGUUGGUGGCGUUACCAGGGCUGAGAUUGCGGCGCUGCGGUUCGUUGGGGAUAAGCUUAAGCAGGUUGGCGGCGAAGGAAGGGGGAGUCGUGUGGUUGUGUGCGCGACUAAUGUUAUUACUGGCGGUGGACUUGUUGGGAGUGCCGUUGAGGAGGGGAGGUUUAGGAUGUGA